UCUUUACCAGCAGUAUCCGAGAAGCUCCGAUCGUGGAUGCUUGUAUUUUAUAUAUAUUCUUUAUUCCACAUGCGGAUUUCCCCUUUUUUUACACAUAUAUAUUUUGUCAUUCGAGUUCACAAACACUCGAUGACUAUAUAGCCAAUCAACGUCGGUAUAGUGAUGGUGAUGCGACACGUGCUUCGAAGUGAUAUAUUCAUAUGUCAAGACUUGUCAAAAAGUUUCAUUUUCAUGAAAGAGUGUUCAAUGGUUCUUCGCUAUUUCAGUGACAAAGAAGACUGAAACUUUUUUUUUCAAGUGUUUAGAGGAUUAAGUUCAUUUUUUCAUUAAUUAUAGUGAAAGUUUUUCAAGUGUUAUUUUUCCUCAAGAAAUUAUUCUUGGACCUUAAUUGUCAGUCUUCAAUUUAUGGUGGGGAAAAUUUUACGCAAUUUAUUAAUAUAGUGAUAUGUUGGAUUAUUGUUUGGUGAUUGCGUCCGUCGCUUAUAUGUUGAUUCUUCGUGAAGAAUUGCGCAGUUUUUAAUAAAAUUCAAAAACACAAUGGAAAUCAAAGAAGAAUAAUUGAAGAUUCAAAUUUCGCAACAGAAGAAACUAACAAAUUCAUAAUUGUUUUCGAUAAUUAAAGUUUUUUAAUAUGACAAAUUAUAGAUAUAUUUAUGUUAUCAAACCGUUCUAAAAGUAAAUUCUUGUUUUAACUAAAUCACUGAUUGAAAAAUUUUCAAAAACGAAUUUGUAAAUCGUCAUCUACAUGCAGAAUUGAAAUUAUACAUUUAAAAAUCAUAAGAAUCUAAUUCCUAUAUCAUCUGAAGAGACAUAUAUACCUCUGUUAUUUCCCAAAGAUUCAAGAUUAAAAUCAUUGAUAAAUUUGAUUAGUAAAGUCAAAUUAAUGAAAUACUCUUGAUGUUAAUAAUGAUGCUCAAAAUGAGGACAUUUAAAUCUAAAGACAUUGGAUUUUGAUGUCAAUUUUAGCAUUAAGAAAAACAAUGUGUUGUCAAAUAAUGUGAUAAUAAAAAAAAACUGAAAUAAAAUUAAAACUUUAGGAAUUAAUAAUGCCACGACCGUCGCGUGACACUUAUGGUGAUCAAAAGCCACCUUAUUCUUAUAUUUCACUGACAGCCAUGGCAAUAUGGUCCUCAAGAGACAAGAUGUUGCCCCUAGCUGAGAUUUAUAAAUUUAUUGCUGAUCGAUUUCCAUAUUAUCGAAAGGACACCCGUCGAUGGCAAAAUUCUCUUCGGCAUAAUCUUUCCUUCAACGACUGUUUUAUAAAGGUUCCACGAGGUCCUCAUAGGCCAGGAAAGGGUGCCUAUUGGGCCCUGCAUCCCGCGGCCCUUUCCAUGUUCGAAAAUGGAUCUCUUCUUCGACGACGAAAACGAUUUAAGCUUCAUAAGCCGGACAAAGAACUUUUAAAAUCCGAAUUGCAAGCUCUCGCUUCCGCAAUGCCACCACCACGACCGGAACCAGCGAGUUCAACAAGUCCAGGCGAAACAAGUAAUGGACUUAGUGCAGCGAAUCUUCAUCGUCUACGGGAAGAUCUUCUCAGGUGGGAGAUGCAGGAGAGGCGAAUGAUGCUGGCAGCAGCAGCGGCUGCAGCGUCGGCAACAACGGGGAACUUUGGCUUUACCGAAGCGGCAGCGGGCGUCGGCACCGGAACUGAUGCAUGUCGUACAAAUAUUCCCUGCACCGGAUAUUAUCUCCUAUCACCCGAGGCAAGACAAAGGUUAGCCAGUGCAGUUCCCGAAGUUGGAAGUGAAGCCACAAGUCCCUAUGAAGCAGCGACUCUUCUUCAUCCUGGCUCGUGGAAUUUCACCGGACUCAGUGGAACCCCCUACAUUCCCCAAUUACCCGCCUAUCCUCAUUCAUCAUCAGCUUCCGAUUUGACAGACAGGCGACGUACAAUUCCAUCCCUGACAAUGGUCGAUAGUCAAGAGUCAACAAUUCGCUCGCUGACAAGGGAUAUUGAACCAUUCACGGAAAAUUCCUACGACGUUGGCUACUAUCAUCGUGAACGAAACGAUGAGGAAUCACCAUCAUCAACAUCCUCAAGAUUGGAGGCUCUCUAUUCAGAUCCAAGUAAUAAUUUCACCUCAAGACUGUCACCUGGCUUUGAAUCUUCCCCAAGUAAUGUUAGUCAACAACAGAGAACACCCAGAACGAGUCCCAAUCUUGAUGUUUUACCUGUUCGACAUUCGAAUAGCAGUCCAUCGAAACAAGUGGGGAAAAAGACGAAAAAACCAUUUACUAUUGAAAAUAUCAUUGCACCUGACGAAGAGGAAAAAGCCUCAAGAGAGUCAUUUGAGGUUGUUGAAAGGAAAACAACAAACCUGCUGAGUAUGCCGAAACCAUUGUACGCUGCGGGAUAUCCUUUGACGGGUGUGGUUGCGGGUAGCGCUAUCCAGAGAUCAUCCUAUGGCACUACCACGUAAGGUGAUGAAUUUUCGAAUAAAUGGGAAAUUUAUUAUUAUUAAGAUUAAUGGAACAAGUGGAGAGAGAGAUUUUCAGUAGGAAGGCUAUAUUGUCGAUAUUGUGCUUCUAGGAUUAUUAUAUUUCUUUUAAAAUUAUCAUUAUGAUCAUAAUAGUUGAUGAAAUUAAUCUUUAUGUCAAUGAUAAAAGUAUUAUUUUUACUUCAGGUAAUAAAAUUUGUUUGUUAAAAAGUUUAGUGGAAAAAUUAUAACGAUUAUUUCACUAAAAAAAACAAUUCCUAAAAGGACCCUGCACUUUCUGUACAAAAAUUGUCAUUCGGCCAAUUUUUCUGAAACUCUGUAGUUUAAUCUGUUACUCGGGGGUUUUUUGGGGUCACAGAUCAGGAAUCUGAGGUCAGAAUUUCAUAAUUCAAAAAUGACGGACGCGUUUUGGAAAAAUUUCUCCAAUUCACUCAGAAUCUGUUACUUAGGGAUUUUUUGGGGUCAAGUAACAGAUUCGGAGUGAUUUUUCCAUAACUCGACCGCCAUAUUGGAUUCGCCAUUUUGAAUUCUAAAAUUCUGACCUCAGAUUCGCAAUCUUAAUCCAAAGCUGAUCAUUAUUUUGAAUUCUAAAAUUCUGACCUCAGAUUCGCAAUCGUAAUCAAAAGCUAUGACCAUUAUUUUGAAUUUUGUCAUUAAAAUUUAUUGUUCAGUAGGUCUUAAACUACUAAACUGCGCAGAGUUUUAGAAAAAUUGAAAGCCAAUUUCUAUACAAAAAGUUUAUAACUUUAGUUUCAUAAGUCGAAGAGAUGACUCCACUUGGCAAAUGAAGUUCAUUUGCUGGCACGAAUUGAAAAAAACUAGCCUGUAAUAAAUAAAAUUAAAAAGUAUAAAAACUCUGUCGUGCAACUGGUAUAACAAGAAUCGAUGAGGGGGGGGGGGAAGAUCUCUGACUCGCGUGACCAAAGCAUCGAUAGAACAACAUUUUGACUCCGAUGAAAGGAAUCGCGUUCGGUUCAUAGAUAUAUACACACACAGUACUUAAUUUAUCGCCUCUUGAAAGUUAAUGUAUAUUUGAAGCAAAAUAGCGAUCAACACUAAAAUAAUCUAUUCACGAAAAUCAAAGGUCAAAGAUCUUCUUCAACCUACUUAUGUUCAUAGCGGAAUAUUUUAAUGCAUUUAACUUCUACCACGAUCGUUAAAUUAAAUAUUAAUCUUUUCUUUUGAAUUCAUAUAUAUGUCUAUAUAUAUUACAAUUCGUUUCUUUCAAUCUUUUGUAUAUAACGCAAGAAGCAGAUACAACAUCUAAAGAUUUUGUGACUGCUUUAUAUAAAAAAAGGCAUUAUAAUUUGUAUCUUAUAUUCUAUAAAAUGGAACAUUUUUUCAAUCAUUUUGUAGGUUAGAAUUAGGGCGUUGCGCAAAACGCAUUUUGCGCAUACAAUUACUUUUCUUUGAGUAUCCGAAGUGUGAUACGAAAAAUAUCGAAAUAAAUCCCAGGGUUUUGAACGUAAUUUACCUUAGGUAAGUUAUCCAACCCUGGGGGUCGAUUACGUAACUUUCCCACUUCCCACAUCCCACUUCCCACAUCUCACUUCCCACAUUUUACAUCCCACUUCCCACAUCUCACUUCCUACAUUUUACAUCCCACUUCCCACAUCUCACUUCCUACAUUUUACAUCCCACUUCCCACAUCUCACUUCCUACAUUUUACAUCCCACUUCUCACUUCCGACACUUUACAUCUCACUUCCCACAUUUUACAUCCCACUUCUCACUUCCCACAUUUUACAUACCACAUCCAACAUCUCACUUCCUACAUCUCACUUCCCACAUCCCAUUUCCCACAUCUCACUUCCCACAUUUUACAUCCCACUUCUCACUUCCCACAUGUGGGAUGUGGGAAGUGGGAUAUGAAAUAUGGGAAGUGAGAAGUGGGAUGUGAAAUAUGGGAAGUGGGAUAUGAAAUAUGGGAAGUAAGAAGUGGGAUGUGGGAAGUGGGGUGUGCAAUAUGGGAAGUGGGAUAUGAAAUAUGGGAAGUGAGAUAUGAAAUAUGGGAAGUGAGAAGUGGGAUGUGAAAUAUGGGAAGUCGGAUAUGAAAUAUCGGAAGUAAGAAGUGAGAUGUGAAAUAUGGGAAGUGGGAUGUGGGGUGUGCAAUAUGGGAAGUGGGAUAUGAAAUAUGGGAAGUGAGAUGUGAAAUAUGGGAUGUGGGAAGUGGGAUAUAAAAUGUAAGAAGUGAGAAGUGGGAUGUAAAAUGUAGGAAGUGAGAAGUGGGAUGUAAAAUGUGGGAAGUGAGAUGUGGGAUGUGGGAUGUGGGAAGUGGGAAAAUUACGUAAUCGACCCCCUGGUAAAUCUCCCAGCAAUGUGUGACAUUUCGGACGUUCAAUUGUAUUUGAACCAAAACAUAUAAACUAAGAUACUUCUUUUUGGUAACGCUUAUUGUUGUCAUGGUAAUUACUACAGUAACAGCUACUAUGGUAACGGUUAAUAUAGUAACAAUUACCAUUUCAUGAAAGCGAUUUUUUUUUUAUUUCAAAUCGGGUAGUGGUAAUUUGCAUUAAAAUGUUUGAAAUCCCGAGAUACCAAUGCUCACAUCUAUACAGAUUGCUUUUGCUGCAGGUAUAUAUAUAUAAAAACGGAAAUCGAUUACAAUUUAUUCGAAUAAGAAAAAAGCGAUAUCGAUAUUACACUCAAAGUAUGUAUUUAUAAACUUUGAAGCACAAGAUCGAUAAGACAAGGGCCUCUAUAUGUGGUAAGGCGGCGCGCCUCAAGCGAAUAAUAUUCCUUGCUGCAACACCCUUCCUACAAAUUGUCCAUUUCCAUCAGACAAAAAAAAAUUUAUUCCCAUUUUUUUAAAACGCAAUUUCUCUAUUUUAUGAUCAAUCUAUUAAAUAUAAUUUUCUAAUUUCUUAUUAAUUUUUUUUUUGUUAAAUAGAUCCUUAUUUUUGAAAAAUACAAUUAAAAGUAAAAAAAAAAUUAUUAAAAAAAUUGUGAAAAAUUUACGUCAAAUAAUUUUCUGUUUUACAUUCUUUCUGUGGUUUAUUUAUUUAUUAUUAUAAAGAUUUGUCCUGUUUUUAUAUAUUUUUUUCUAAUUAACUUAAAUUAUAGAAUAAAUUCGAAAAAAAAAAAAAUAAUGGAAGGGUGCAGUUAAAGUCAAAUAGGGACAUUCUAAUAUUUGUAAAUAGAGAUAAUUUCUUAGAGGAAUCAGAGCUUAGCAGAUUUCUUCUGGAAAAUAAUAAAAGAUAAACAGUCUUAGCCACAGGGAAAAUUGUACAGAAAACAAUGUGGUGCAAAAUAUUGCUUGAACUGUUGUGAUUAUGGCGAUUAGUUUUUUUUUUUUUUCAUUCUCUCAAAGAUAUAUAUGUACAAGUGUAACGGCAAUCAGGUUAAUGCUAUUUUAUUAAAUUCCUUUGAUUACGGUUUAUUGAGAGAGUUAAAGAAUUUGUCUCGCUGCGACGUCACAUAUAUUAUAUAUUGCCAAUAUUAAAAUUCUUUUUCUGAUAUAUUAAAAAAAAAAAAAAUCCCACUUUCUCCGGAAAGUGCCCCUUGGAGGUUCUAUCAGAAUUCCGUCGGAAUUCCAUCGGAGUUCCAAAGAAUUUCCGAUGGGAUUCCGACGGAAUUCCAACGGAAUUAGGACUCUAAAAAUUUUGAAAAAAUUAAUCCGAGUUCCGACGGAAUUAUGACGGAAUUCCAACGGAAUUAGGACUCUAAAAAUUUUGAAAAAAUUAAUCGGAAUUCCGUCGGAACUCCGUCGGAAUCCCAUCGGAAAUUCUUUGGAACUCCUAUGGAAUUCCGACGGAAUUACGUUGGAAGUUCCGGCGGAAUUCUGAUAGAACCUCCAGGCGGAACUUACCGGGGAAUCUUUCCAAGUGGGAUUCAACAUUUGUAAUUUUCAAUUUUUCUAACGAAAAUAAAAAUUUUCAAACUAUUGGAAAAAUUAAAAACAUUUUGAAAAAUUGAAAACAAUUUGAAAAAUUAAAAACACUUUGAAAAAUAUGAAAGAAUUUGAUGUAAAAGUAAGAAAAAAUUUGAAAAAUUGUUUGCAAUUACAAUAUUGUUACAGAAAUUAAAAAAUAUUAAAUUUUUUUCUUUAAUUUUAAAAAUUUGUGUAAUAUUAGAAUUAUAAAUUUUUGACGUCGUGGAGUUAUUAUACAAUAUUCUAAAACGUUCGACAUAUUCAUCAGUUGUUAAAGCAUAUAUAUAUAUAUAUGUAUAUUAUAUAUGAAAAAAUUGCUGUGAUGACAGUGAGCGUGAUGUUUCGGCUAUAUUCGUAGUAAACGUAGCGAGUAAUAGAGUGACUACGUUAAAAAUAAUAAAUAAAAAAAAACUAUACUCCAAUGAUAUUUGUUAACGAAAAAAAAAAAAAAUUAAUAAUGAAAAAUAGGAUCGAAUUCUCUUAUAUCCGGUUUAUGUGGCGAGCUUGCACACUCGUUAUCGUUCAUGCGCAUAUUAGUCUACGUACUCACUCACACAACAAAGUAUUUGUAAAAGUAGGACAAAGUAAAUUAUUGUAAAUAUUGCGAAUAUAUUAUAUAUAUUAUCUGCGUAUCGAUAUAA